AUGAACAAUCUGAAACAAGUUAAACAAGACUCCAAGUCACUCACGCAUUACGUCACGACGAUUUCCUUAUUUGUCAAUGAUAUGAAAGACAGCGGCUGCAUCGUGUUAGAGGCGUCAGAAGCUCCGAUUUUCAUGUCUCAGCUUUUAUCGAAGCUUCAUGAAAGAGACAAUACAAACUGUGGAAGAGAAAUGCAAAGAGCGGGAAAGGAAAAAAAUGUGUCAAACCUCGUAACCUGGUUACAUCGAGAGGCAACCCUCCGCUCCAGAGGCAAACGAGACGAUGACAACGCCGACGAAAAAGAACGUACCCACCGAGGACCAACCUUUAGAAGAACAGAUAAUCACGCAGCUAACAAUGAUAGAACUCCUGAGCAAGAAGCGUGUCCACUCGGUUGUACGUCGAAACACCAGUUAGCGGCCUGUCCGUUGUAUCAAAGUUCAACUGUAAAUCAAGGAUGGGACGUAGUCAAACAGAGCAAAAGAUGCCGGAAAUGUCUCAGGCCACAUCAUACGAACGACUGCAGGAAGCCAGACGGUACUACCUGCGACAAAUGCAAAAAGAACCACCACCGUUCUCUUCACAACGAGAAGAUUAAUUUAAAUUUAAGCCCGCGCGCAGUGCCUUUCCGAAUGCAAGAUAUUCCUGCAGAAGGCAAUACCAACUGCGCCACUAACCACAAGAAAGAUUUCAAGCUCAUCACUGGUUUAUGUCCUGUCCAAAAGGUCAAAGUUAUGGACUCAGGUGGAACGCUUGUUGAAAUACUAGCGAUGAUAGAUUCCAUAUCAAACACAAGUCUGCUAUCAGAGAAUGUAGCUAAACGACUUGGAAUAGCUGGGACAGUUACCCAUCUUACUAUGAAACUAGCAGGUGGAGAGAACAGUGGCGAACAAACUGCAUCUAUCUGGGGAACAGUAGAUCUCAUUGGUACAGAUUUCGUCGAUGCAUUCGUCGACAUCGAUACCUUGUCAGGGGAACCUAGAGAGCCGAUUGCCAAAUGCAACUGCUUCGGUUGGCACGUCUUGGGACAAGUUAACAGUUGCACGAUACAGUCCGUUGAAGUCGGAACAGUGAGCAUUGAAGACGACUUUAAGAAACUACUUUAUCAGGACACGCUGGGAGUUAAAGCAAAAGAACUGUGUACAUGUAGUGAGAACGUGCUACUAGAAAACAAGUUCGUCAAGUCGCUGUCUGACUCAAUUACAUUGGUAGAUGGGAGAAUCCAAGUAAGAAUGCCUUGGAAUGAGAAUGGACCCCCAAAACGCAGGAAUUAUGACAUUGCCCUCAAAAGAAUGCAGUCUGCCGAAAACUCGUUUCAGAGAAAAGGAUGCUUCGAAAUCGUAAAUGACGAAGUCCAAAAGCUGUUGCAACAAGACUUCAUAGUUAAAGUUGCUACAGAAGAAGUUGAUCACAGCCAAUCUGAAUGGUAUCUGCGGUUACAAGCAGUCUUCACACCAGAGAAAACCACUAAGGUCUGCCUUGUUUUCGAUGCGUCUUCAAAGGGUCACGACGGUCUUUCCAUGAACGAUCACCUUGAGAAAGGACCUAAUUACAUUAACAGUCUUCCCAAUGUACUUAUGGGCUGGCGAUGGAACGAAGUGGCUUACUCGGGUAAUAUCCGAAAAAUGUUUAAUAAAGUCCUAGUGAACCCUGACGACCAAGUUUUCCAUAGGUUCUUGUGGAGAAGCGAAAAAGUGAAACGCCCUCAGUCUUUCAGUGGCUCAGAUUAA